AUGGAGGAUCAAAACCUUUUUCCAAAAAGAACAAUGGAACUCAAAUCAGUUGCCCAUAGUGCUCCUGGUUGGAAAUUAUUUGGUAAAGUCCCUCCCAGAGAGAAUCUUCAGAAAACUUCCAAAAUCAUUCAACAGGAAUAUGAAGCACGAACAGGGAGGACCUGUAAACCACCACCUCAGUCUUCAAGACGUAAAAAUUUUGAGUUUGAGCCACUUUCUACCACUGCUCUGAUUCUUGAGGAUCGACCAUCAAAUCUUCCUGCCAAAUCUGUGGAAGAAGCUUUACGUCACCGGCAAGAAUAUGAUGAGAUGGUGGCUGAGGCUAAAAAACGAGAAAUUAAAGAAGCACAUAAAAGAAAAAAAAUAAUGAAAGAACGAUUUAAGCAGGAAGAAAAUAUUGCAAGCGCAAUGGUAAUUUGGAUCAAUGAAAUACUGCCCAAUUGGGAAGUAAUGCGUAGUACAAGAAGAGUUCGAGAAUUGUGGUGGCAGGGAUUGCCCCCUAGUGUUCGUGGGAAAGUUUGGAGUCUAGCUGUAGGAAAUGAACUAAAUAUCACUCCUGAGCUUUAUGAAAUUUUCCUCUCAAGAGCAAAGGAGCGAUGGAAAAGCUUCAGUGAAACAAGUUCAGAAAACGAUGUAGAAGGUGUACCUGUUGCUGACCGGGAGGCCAGUCUGGAAUUAAUUAAGCUGGACAUAUCUCGUACAUUCCCAUCUCUCUUCAUCUUUCAGAAGGGUGGCCCAUAUCAUGAUGUCUUACAUAGUAUCUUAGGGGCAUAUACCUGUUACAGACCUGAUGUUGGUUAUGUCCAAGGGAUGUCCUUCAUUGCAGCAGUACUCAUUCUCAAUUUGGAAGAGGCAGAUGCCUUCAUUGCAUUUGCAAAUCUCCUGAAUAAGCCGUGCCAGUUGGCCUUUUUCCGUGUGGAUCACAGCAUGAUGUUGAAAUAUUUUGCAACAUUUGAGGUAUUCUUUGAAGAAAAUCUCUCCAAACUGUUUCUUCAUUUCAAGUCUUACAAUCUUACACCUGACAUAUACUUGAUAGACUGGAUCUUCACAUUGUAUAGCAAAUCAUUACCACUUGAUCUAGCCUGCCGAGUCUGGGAUGUAUUCUGCAGAGAUGGGGAGGAAUUUUUAUUUAGGACUGGAUUAGGAAUCCUUCGAUUAUAUGAAGACAUCCUCCUGCAAAUGGACUUUAUUCAUAUAGCCCAGUUUUUAACGAAGUUACCGGAAGAUAUUACGUCAGAAAAGCUAUUCAGCUGUAUUGCAGCUAUUCAGAUGCAGAAUAGCACCAAAAAAUGGACUCAGGUCUUUGCGUCUGUGAUGAAGGAUGUCAAAGAAGGAGACAAGAACAACAGUCCAGCUCUGAAAAGCUAAUCUUCAAAACGAACAGACAGUGAAAUAUUAAAAAGCCUUUUUGAUAAAACUUUUUUUGGGGGGCCUUCUAUGUGAAAUGCAUGUAGGAGAUUUUUGGAGAAAUCCCAUGGAAUCAAGAGAUGGAAAACUAUAUUUUAAACUCCGUGGCUAAAGUAAUGAAAUGCCAAUUGACAGUAUUCUUAAGAUGUGUUUUCUAGGAGGAGCUAUUUUACAAAAGAAAAAAAUUAGAUAGCUAGCUCAUAUUCCAUAAUUUGAACUGCACAGUUUAAUGCAAUAAAAUUUAUAAUAGUUUCAGAGACACUUCAACUUUUUACAUCUUUUCUUUUUUAACAAUAACCACAAAAGCUUUUUUGAAAGAAUGGAAUUCUUAAAUACUACUUUAACUUCCAAAUACUAUUUGACACAACAUAUUGAUACACAUAUUAUCACCAGUCCUGACCUCUUGAAGAUACAGACCAAGAAUAAACAAUUUUGGUUGCAUAUUAUUUAAGUCAGUCAUUUAUCUUCACUUAACCAGUUGGGGUAAAUUUAGGUUAUCUGGGACCAAAAAUGUUGGUAGGAGAUUGCUUUAACAUUCAUUGAGAUGUUUUUACUCAGUAUUGUAUCUAUUUUUUUGAAGAAAUUGUUUCUAUUCUUUAUAACGAAUUCCUAUCAUUCAGAGAAUUUUAGCAUUUGUUUCUAGCCUCAGACAUUGUUUAUCUAGUAAUUUUAGCACUAGACAAACUAAAUAACUGUCAAUUCUUUGCACUUUACUGGACUUAGACUUGAUUUUGAGAGUAAGUCCAUAAAUAUAAAUGAGGUUCUCCACUGGUAAGAGCAAAAAUAAUGAGUUCUGAGAGUUCUAAAUAGCAUGCUAGUUGGCAAGACCACGUUUUUGAGUAAAAUUUCUCCACUGUCUUUAAAAACAAAAUUUAAUUCCAGUUUAAAAUUUGAAUCAAUGCAUAAUAACUUCCUAACAUUUAAAACAGUGUGCAUAACUUUCUAAUCAAUGGAUAUAAGAGUAAAAGAAAAAAGAUAAAAUUAACUUUUUCUAGUGAGUCUAAUUUUGAUGGUUUGUGGAUAAAUUAUUAAUCACUGAUAAAUUGUCAUUGUUUACUAUCAUACAUAAAUUUAAUUUUUGGAACAAAAAUAAGUCACUUGAAUUAUUAUGCUUUAUAACAUGCUAUUUGGUUAAGAAUUAGAUUUAAAGUGUGCAUUCAUGUUGCAGUUUGAUUUAAAGCAACCAAGUACACUAUCUGUUAAUGGUAUGUAGUCUUGAUACUGCAUCUUUAGGACUAUGGGACCAGAGUAUGCUCAUGUGUUUUUAAUCUCUGGGUCAUUUUAGCCUAGGGACUAGCAAUGAGACCCUCAAAAAUGGACUCCUGUCACAGGGGCUUGUUUAGUGGAACCAGUAGUGUAAUGAAAUAUUGAGGGAGAACCCAGGGCCUUAGUAAGUUUGUGGAUGACUGUUUUAACUCUGGUACCUACUUGCUUGGUUUUGAUGGUGCUGAUAAGAGAAAACGUAACUGCUGGUGGUAAUCUCUCUGAGAUUAUACUACAUGCCUAAUUUAAUCUUGCCUGUCUGUAUUUGUUUUCUGAGUUUGACCUAAGUUGCUGUACUUCCUUUUCUUGUUUCUAUUAUUGUACAGUUUCUUUAUCUUUCUAGUAUAAAUUUGUAUAAAAUGUAAAUACAAGGAGUUCAUGAAAACCACUAGUAAUGAUUACUGUGUAAAUAAAACUUGUAAGCAGAGUAA